AGGACUUGCGUUCGCGGGUGCACAUCAUCAUCAAUCGACGAGUACUUCGGAGCGGAGCGGUCAUCUCCUAUCUCCUUGCUAAUCGAGCGUGAGCGUGCAUACCGGUCAGUCAAGUGCAACAACUGGCAAGAUGAAGAUGGCGGACGGACCUACGAUUUUGCGAAGAAACAGACCUGGAACGAAAGCAGAGGACUUUAGCAGGUGGCCUGAUGAACCGUUUGAAGAAAUGGAUAGCACGCUGGCUGUGCAACAAUAUAUUCAACAAAUGAUCAGAAGAGAUCCAUCUAACAUUGAUUUAAUACUUAAUAUGCCAGAAGCUAAUGAUGAAGGAGUAUGGAAAUAUGAACAUCUCAGACAGUUUUGCAUGGAACUUAAUGGUUUGGCGGUGAGAUUACAAGAAGAAUGUCAUCCUGAAACAUGCACACAGAUGACAGCUACGGAACAGUGGAUAUUUUUAUGCGCUGCACAUAAAACUCCCAAAGAAUGUCCUGCGAUUGAUUAUACUCGGCACACCCUGGAUGGAGCGGCGUGUCUACUCAACAGCAACAAAUAUUUUCCCAGCAGAAUCAGCAUUAAGGAAUCUUCUGUAGCAAAACUUGGUUCCGUCUGCCGUAGGGUUUACAGAAUCUUUUCACAUGCAUACUUCCACCAUAGAACAAUAUUUGAUGAAUUCGAAAAUGAGACUUACCUUUGCCGCAGGUUUACCUCAUUUGUGACAAAAUAUAAUCUGAUGUCAAAGGAUAAUUUAAUAGUACCUAUUAUGGAAGGUGAUGGCGCAACGGAAAGCGAAGCAUAGGACUUAACAUUGCGAUCGUAUUGUCCAAAGUCGAAUUGCCAGAUCUAGUAGGAAAAAUUGCUAAUAUUCACAUAACAUUCUAAUACUUUAUGACAAAUAUAUAUAUAUAUAUGACAAAGGUCUUUGAAUAGGGUCAGUAAAUUUGUUCAUACUUAAAUAGCAUAAAUUUGUUAUAAUCUUUUAUCUGUCUCCAAUAUGAUUAGGUUAAACAGAAACUAUCUUCAAUGAAUGUUAUAUCAAUAGUUAUGCAAUUAUUGAUAUAUAUAGAGUUUUUUCCGCAUUUUGGCAAAUCAUAUCCUUAUAUUUACUUAUAUUUAUUUUUUAAUAUUUAAGAUCUGAGCAAUGUUUUAGAGCAGCAUAAGAAAAUUCAUUAAAACUAUCAAAUUUCGUAAAGGAUACUAUAUACAGUAAUUUAAUCUGUUACACUUUUUAUAAUUAUAUUGGUAAUAGUAGAAUAUAUAUUAUAAAUUUUUAAUCUUAAGCUAUUGAAGUUAUCAGACACUGGGAAAAGUGUUUCUCAUAUCUCUCUGUUUUGAAUGUAACAAUUGUACAACUUUUUUUUUGUAAAAAUAAUAGUGUCUUUAUAUGCUAAAUACGUAUAAUGAAAAAAAAAUGUAUAACUGAUUUACACUAGUAGUAUAAGUUAGUAUAUAUAUAAUUGUUUAUAAACAUUCUAUAUGUAUAAACAAAAUUUUUUAUACGAUUCUGUUAAAAUUCUAUUAUAUUUGUAUAAUUUUAUUUAUCAUUAAUUAUAUGUAAAAAUAAUGCGUUUUGUAAAAGAAACUAAAAUCUUUUAAUAUGAGAAAGAGAAUUAAUGAAAUUAUAUUAUAAUUACAUAAUUAUUUUUAUUCUACCUAUAAUAAAGCAACAAAUCUAACUUUGAGAAGUGAUAUAAAUAUCAAAGUGGCUUGAUAAAACAAGAUCCAGCAUAGAAAUGCAUAGAAAUUUCCAAUAAACUGGAAAUAAGGUCUCGAAUGCGUUUGUUAUCGAUUUGCAUAACAAGAAUUUAUAUAAACGAUUUUACACAUUAUUAUAUGAGAAUCAUAUUAGUCUAAAGUGAGCAUAAUAAUCCACAUUACGUAGUUGAUCUUUGUAAAAUGCAUUGUUUGAGCGAGUGACAUAACGAUAAAUAUGGUGGUAUAGAGAAAAAUACUUGUUAUUUAUAAUACAUAUACAUAUAUUCCAUAUAGCAAUAUCAAUCGCAGAAUGUUAGACUUCCCUAUCCCGUUGUCGACAAAACUUUUGAACAGAAUGCUCGUUUUAUGUAUGUUAAAACAUAAAGCUAAGUCAAAGUUAUGAUAACAAAAGAAAUGGAAUGUUGAAAGAAUAGGUUGAUGAUUUGCCAAUUCAUUAAGAUUUCAAAAUAUAAUAACAUAUCGUUAUAAAAUUAUAGCACGAAUCGUUUUUUUAAAUGGGUAAUGGUAGGUGACUUUUUUUAAAUUGAAAACAUAGCCAUUACAAAAUCAGAUCUUACGAUAAUGAACAGAAAAUGAUGACCGAUUGGUGAUAGCUCGACGAAUAAAACAUGUAAUCCUUAUUUUAUAAGAACAGCGUUCACAUACACGCCUUUGUUAUGAAUUUUUUUAUUAUGUAUUGUAAAAUAGUAUUAUAAGGGUAUUGCAUGGAAAACUGAAUUGUAAUUCACAUUUGACAUACUGAUGUUUGUUGUGAUGUGAAAGUUGUACUGCCCUAUACACUUCUAAUGAGAUUCUAAACAAGAGACUCUGACAAAUUGCGCAUUGUGACAUAGAUUUCUUUUCUUAUCUGAUGUAAUGGGAUCAGGAUAUUGUAGCACUGUACAUAAAAAUUUGUAAGUACAAAAGUUCGAAUUAUAAUGUAUUAAUGAAUAUGGUGUGAUGUGAAGAAUCAAUACGCAGCAGAAAUAUAUAUAAAUAUAUAUAUAACAUGUGAUUGUCCCGUGAAAAUUGUUUAUGUAUUGACAGAAAAUAAACUUUCUACAUACGGC